GCACACGGAUGCGUCGUCGUGUACUCUCGCGUCAGAAAGAAGAAAAAAAAAAAUAGUUCUUUUGAAAAAACGAGGAAGGAAGAAAGGGCUUGGCGACUGCUUUUAGUCUGCUUGUGGUUUUCUGUCGUUAUCGGUCUCUUGCGUUCAUCUUGCCUCUUCUCAUUUUUAGAGAGGAACGGUAAAACACACACUGACACACACACACAAAGAUCAGUACCGUGAUCAGCGACAACAACGGAAGCAAAAGCAAGGAAAUACCCCAAUCUUCGGCUAGGUUUAUCAGCAGCAACACGCACUCAUUUGUAUUAGUUUUUGCCCUGUAGUGCGCGCAGGCUUUUUAUUCACUUAUACAUAUUUGGCAAGGCCUUUCUUAUCUCACCCACCACACAUACACCGAAAAGAAAGUUUGCAUUAUCGCAGUUGUCUGGAAAACGCCGCAAUUUUUGUUGUUGUUUGCCUUUUCGUGAGUAAUCAUUCAGUUUUGCGGCGGUGGUGUUGUGGUCGAAGCGCAACGCCACGCAGGAGUUCAAACACAGCUUUCUGCAAUUCAAACUCUGUCCCUUUUUUCUCUCUUUUUUUGUACUGCUGCUCCGCGUCACGGCGACCACAUAGGCUAGCAAAUCAUGUCCUCCUCCCCAUCCCCCGUCACCGGGCUCAGUAGUGGUGAAAACGAGAUCCUGGUCAGCACACCGCGGUCCCCCAACCUCCCUUCUUCCUCAAGGGGAAGCAGUGGUGCGGGUGGUAACUUGUUUGAGUGGCGACAACGGGUGUACGCCGCCUCGACCUUCACCGAAGGCCUGCGCGUUGUCUUUGAGGUGGUGCCGCUGUGGGUGCCCGUCGCCGGCGUCCUCGCAGCGGCUGGCACUUACUACGUGAGCUUCCGUGUGCGCCUCUUCAUCGCGCAGUGGCGCAUCGCCGAGCGGCGACGAGCGGAGCGGAAGUACGAGCUGCUGGACAACUUGCGUGGCAUGACCACGGUACCGAUGGGCGCCGUCCACGCCUUGGGCGACGACGACGACGACGACGAAGACGAAGAAGACGAGGAGGAUGAGACGGCGGUGUCGCGGCGCGACGUCGACGAGUUCCGGAGCAGCCUCGGCAUCCGCCUCCCCCGCGACGAGGACUUGAUGGCCAUGGUGGAGCGCAUGCUCAUGUCGGACGCGCUGCCGGAUGGGUGGGUGCUGUACCGCACGAGCGCCGGCAUUAUCCGCUUCAUGAACCUCAACACGCAGGAGCUCCUCUUCUUCCCGCCAAACAAACGAAAGGAGAAGGCGUACAUCGAGUCCGAGCUGAGAAAGCGCAACCGGGAAGCGAUGGAGAGCCGGUACAACUUCUCGUACGAGGAUGAAGGCAUGAACUCCAGCUCCUUGUCGCCGUCCGGGGGAGACGUCCCCGGAUUCACCUCCACGCACCACGGUGCGCAUGACACCCCCGGGUCACCGAGUGGAAACGCGUCCCCUAUCGACUUCAACGACGGCGCGGAUGCCGAGGACCAAGAUGAGGAGGAGGCAAGCAUGUUCAAGCGCGUCUUCAACUUUUUCCUUGAGCGUGAGCAGAAGAAGAUUGAGCAGGACGUCGCCCGAGCCCGCUCGUCGAGGGAAGGGUCGGUUCUGGGUCCACCCGCGACAGGCUUGCCCUCCGGCGGUGGCCAAGGUGGCGGCUCGAGUUCAGGCGGUGCCGCGGGUAGCGGCGGGACUGGCCACGAAAGCACGACACAUCGCGCGGCAGUAUCCAUGACGUAUCGCGUGGUCUCGUCUAGUGCCAUUCACGGCAGUCGGGGUGGCAACAACUAG